GAACAAAGUCUGAGAGCUUUCUUCUUCUUUUUUCUUCUUUUUUAAAAACGCACUGUGCUCUUCUGCUGUUCCCUUGAACGUGGUUUGGUGAGGGGUGGAAUUCUCCUCAGAGCCUGCACUGGAGAGCUUGGCAGAGCUGCCCGGCGAAAUGAAACGACUCACGUGCUUUCUCAUCUUGUUCUUUGUGUCUGAAGCACUAGGCUUUGAAAUCCCCACCAAUGAUCUUCCAGAAUUUGCAGAGUAUGGAGAUCUUGUGGAACUGACCCCAAGAAAAUUUCAAUUUGUGCCAGAGAACAGGAGGUAUCAGAGAAGUGUUUCUGGAGAAUCUGGAGAAAGAUUGGAAGAUGUCGAUCAAGUAACGCUUCAUAGCUACAAAGUCCGAUCCACGAUUACUUCUCGAACGGCCAACACCGUCAUCCAGACCAAGGUGGUGAACAACUCUCCACAGCCUCAGAGUGUCGUCUUUGAUGUUCAGAUUCCCAAAGGAGCCUUCAUCUCCAACUUCUCCAUGACUGUCGAUGGCACAACAUUCACGAGUUCCGUUAAGGAGAAGAGUGUGGGCCGAGCGCUCUACUCACAGGCCAGAGCGAAAGGCAAAACCGCUGGAUUGGUGAGGAGCAGGGCUCUUGAUAUGGAGGACUUCAAAACCGAAGUCAACAUCCUCCCUGGAGCAAAGGUGCAGUUCGAACUUCAUUACCAGGAAGUGAAGUGGAGGAAGCUGGGAUCCUAUGAACACAGGCUUCAUCUGCAGCCUGGACGGCUGGCCAAACACCUGGAGGUAGACGUGUGGAUUAUUGAACCUCAGGGACUGAGAUUUGUUCAUGUUCCUGACACAUUUGAUGGCCAUUUUGACGGUGUUCCAGUCAUAUCUAAAGGACCCCAGAAGGCACAUGUCUCCUUCAAGCCCACGGUAGCACAGCAAAGAAAAUGUUCCAACUGCUUGGAGACUGCGGUAGAUGGAGAGCUGGUGGUGCUGUAUGACGUGAACAGAGAAGAGAAAGCCGGGGAACUUGAGGUUUUUAAUGGAUAUUUCGUCCACUUUUUUGCUCCUGACAACAUGGACCCAAUUCCCAAAAACAUCCUCUUUGUCAUCGAUGUUAGUGGCUCAAUGUGGGGAAUAAAAAUGAAACAAACAGUGGAAGCAAUGAAGACCAUAUUGGAUGACCUAAGAACUGAAGACCAGUUCUCUGUGGUUGACUUCAACCACAACGUGCGAACCUGGAGAAAUGAUUUAGUCUCAGCUACUACAACACAGGUUGCAGAUGCCAAAAAGUACAUUGAGAAAAUCCAGCCCAGUGGAGGCACAAACAUCAACGAAGCGCUCCUGCGGGCCAUCUUUAUUUUGAACGAAGCCAACAACUUGGGAUUGUUGGACCCCAACUCAGUCUCCCUGAUAAUUUUGGUUUCUGACGGCGAUCCCACAGUAGGUGAACUGAAGUUGUCAAAAAUUCAGAAAAACGUGAAGCAGAACAUCCAAGACAACAUCUCCUUGUUCAGCUUGGGGAUAGGAUUUGAUGUAGAUUAUGAUUUUUUGAAGCGACUAUCCAAUGAAAACCGCGGAAUUGCUCAUAGGAUUUAUGGAAACCAGGACACUUCUUCCCAGCUCAAGAAAUUCUACAACCAGGUCUCUACUCCAUUGCUCCGGAACAUUCAGUUCAACUAUCCCCAUACGUCAGUAACGGAUGUCACUCAAAAUAGUUUCCCUAACUAUUUUGGAGGCUCAGAGAUUGUGGUGGCAGGAAAAUUUCACCCUGAGAAAUUGGAGCAAUUACAGGGCAUUAUCACUGCGACUUCGGCUAACACAGAGUUAGUCUUAGAAACCCUGGCCGAAAUGGACGACUUGGAGGAUUUCCUAUCAAAAGACAAGCAUGCAGAUCCUGAUUUCACCAAGAAAUUGUGGGCCUAUCUGACAAUCAACCAACUUCUAGCUGAGCGAAGCCUGGCUCCUACAGCAGCUGCCAAAAGGAAAAUUACAAAAACAAUCCUGCAAAUGUCUCUGGACCACCACAUAGUGACGCCCCUUACCUCAAUGGUGAUUGAGAACGAGGCCGGGGAUGAGCGGAUGCUGGCUGACUCCCCUCCGCAGGAUCAUUCUUGCUGCUCAGGUGCCCUGUAUUAUGGCAGCAAAGUUGCUCCAGGUUCCAUCCCAUCUUGGGUCAACCCUUCACCAACGCCAAUGAUCCCAUUGCCUGUGAAAGGAGCUCAAGUGCUGGAGUCAACUCCUCCUCCACAUGUGAUGAGAGUUGAAAACGACCCACACUUCAUCAUUUACCUGCCCAAAAGCCAAGAGAAUAUUUGUUUCAAUAUUGACUCAGAACCUGGAAAAAUCCUCAGUCUUGUUUCUGAUCCAGAAUCAGGGAUUUUGGUCAAUGGACAGCUCAUUGGUGCCAAGAAGCCCAAGAAUGAAAAACUAAGCACCUAUUUUGGGAAACUGGGAUUUUAUUUCCAAAGCGAGGAUAUGAAAAUAGAAAUCAGCACUGAGACCAUCACCCUGAGCUGGGGCUCUCGUGCGUCCACCUUGUCCUGGGCUGACACCGCUCGUGUCAUUAAUCAAAGGGUGCUUGUCUCAGUGAAGAAAGAGAAAACUGUGACUGUCACCCUGGAUAAAGAGAUGUCCUUCUCUGUCUUACUUCAUCGCGUUUGGAAGAAGCAUCCAAUCAACGUAGACUUUUUGGGGAUCUACAUUCCCCCCACAAACAAAUUUUCGCCUAAUGUACAUGGACUAAUAGGCCAGUUCAUGAAUGAGCCAAAGGUACACAUCUUCAAUGAGCGACUUGGAAAGGACCUCAAGAAGCCAGAGGCAAGCAUGGAGGUGAAAGGACAUAAGCUGAUUGUCACCAGAGGCCUCCAGAAAGACUACCGAACAGAUAUAGUGUUUGGAACAGAUGUUCCCUGUUGGUUUGUGCACGACAGUGGGAAAGGUUUCAUCGAUGGACAUUACAAGGAUUACUUUGUGCCUCAGCUCUAUAGCUUUCUCAAACGGGCUUAAAGGUUUCUAGUUUUAGAAAUUAUACGUAUAAAUGUACAUUUUUUUCCUGCCACUUUUGCAAUCAUUCUUCAAUUUGAAUAAUUAAAAACCAACCAGACAGCACGGUGGCUUAUAAAACCUGUUGACACAUGGGAAGAAAAUAAAGGAUUUGCAAAGAAGCUUUAA